CUAUGUUCUGUUGUCUUGACAGUGAUGAACUCAGACGCCAUUUGACGAUAGAGACAAUAAAAAUAAAUAUUGAUCUACUACAACUCCCAUAUCGAAAAUGUCCACCAUCUUACACCACGAAGGCGGGUCCAAGUAAGUGAAAGGCCGAGAUAAGCGUUUCGCGAAUCCCAUUCCUUUCCUCAUUGGCUUUUUCGUGAUAGUCAUUCGGAGUUCAAUCUGUCCCCUCUGGAUGAAUCCAUUGUCGACUGUAUGAGCGGAACGACAUCUUCCACUCYUUCGUCGACGAAAUCUUCUUGCAGUUCCAGUGCCUCGUCCGUGCCCGCCGAAGCGGAGUAUCCCUCUCCCCCGGAGCCAUCUGUUUGCGCCGAAGGACCUCCGUGGCAAACAUAGUCGGCUUGCUUUAGGAUCUUUGGACCGUUCCACAACGACAUCAAUUCGUUGCGUUUCCAUCCCUUGUAGGCCAUCGUUCCUAGCGUACAAGGCACAAGAUACAACAGGGCUGGCUGACCCAUCUCCAUAAGGUAGACAGCUAAAUUAGCCAUGAUCAAACCAAUUGUAUAGGAUACCACGAGGGGGACAAAGUAGUAACCGUAGCCACCGAACAAAAGAGCGUACCAAACAGGCAUGGGAGUCGGAACACCGCAAUCCUGCUGGCCAGCGCCGCUUCCACYGGCCGGAGAUAUCGCCCGACUCGAUUGGUUUUGGCACGCGGAAUACAGCGUGCACACCAAUCUCGACGCGUCCAAACGGGCCGCGAAACUCAGCAGCAACCCCGGGAGAACAAUGUCCCCCAAUCCCAGCAUGGACGAUCCUCCUAGAUAAUCAAACAAUCGGGGGAUGGAAAACAGCAUGGGCAUGGGGUCCCCGCCCUUGCAAUCCGGGUCCGAGGGAUACUUUUCACACCACAGUGCGUCGGCCUUCGGUGGUCCUCCGGAGGUCGCUACCUCGAUCAUCACCGAUCGGCCCUUAAAAAUGUAAGGCGUAAUGAAGACGAAAAAGAUGUCGUAAAAAAAAGCUACGAUCAACAAGACAGAGGCCACCUGGAUGGAAUUUAGCUGAAUGAGUCCCAAAAACGUCACGCACAUACAGGUUCCCAGAACAUCUUGUGCGAUCCAAUAAAAUGCGUACUUCUCCCCGGCUUGGGGAAUGCACAACGCCAUGUACAACCAUACCAUUCCCACGGAGUAUCCAAUCACUCCGGCCAGAACGUGCCAGUUCGUAAUGUCCCCGAACUCUUCCGAGCGGUACACAAUUCGUUCGCGGAAACAAUGUUUUCCCAUGCGAGACGACACGAAAAAUCGCGAGCACAAAAGUCUCGACAACAGUGGAUACACAAUGAUUUGGAUGAAAGAGUUCGAACACCCGAAUGCGUACAUGACCUUUGCCACAUUGUAAAUCUACGCGACCAGGGAAGUUAAAAGCGACAGAAAAAAAGGAGAGCGUUAUUAGAAAGCAAAACUUYAAUCGAAAAAGAGGCAGUUGCGAUUGAUUGUUUAUUUCAACACUUCAUGUUCGUACCUUGAAAAAGAACAGCACAAACAAACUAAUCGAUGACAUUAACAGAAACAUCAACGCGUGGAUCGGCUCCAGUUCCAGCGACUCGUCGGACAAUGGAUUGUUAUUCCGGGGAACCAAAGUGUCCUGCCGUUCUGAUUGACGGCCACCCGAAUUCCCGCUUCCCUUGGCAUUUCGGCUCUUGUCUCUCGACGCCUUCUUCCAGAGCUUGAAUGCCCCGUAGUGGUAGUCGUCGGCGCUUCGAAAGGACGCAAAGGCAGCCACCGCCGCACCCAGCAGGACAAUCAACACCGCCGAUACAUUGUAUGCCGGACGCCACCGGCUGUACACCCCAAUUGUGAGCGACGAUGAAGACUCUGCCAUUGCCUCCCUGAAAAUGUCCCCCUGCUCCAUGGUUGCAAAGAGCGUCGGAAUGGUCACCGUCACGUUGUUUUCGAGGUCUACGUCUGGGUAUGGAUUCAGGCGAAUGUCCCACGCGCAGCAGACGGUCGUUGUGUCAGAGGUAGUGGUAUCAUAGUCGUGCGCCACGAGGCAGCGUUUCGAUGGACAGUUUCGCAGAUCGUUUGCGUCGUGGAGCUUGCAGAGGUUGUCGAAAGUGUCGCCGCUGAGCAGAGGAUCGUUGGUCCGAAAAUCGUAGGGACCGUUCUGUGAUUUGGAAUUGGCCUCGCUCGGGCUCGAAAAAAACGCCAGAUUAUUGGAGGGGAUCUCUGCCCUGGCGUUCGUACAAUCGUAGUCGUGGUAUUCCAUCGGCCACAGGAUGCUGCUAUCCGUACCGUUGAAGGAAUAUCUCGAUUCCAGAGUAUUGUACACAAUGACACCCGAUGCCUCGUAGAUUGUUUGGGCGGUCCAUGUUUUGUAUUCGUAGGUACAGGACCCCCUGGGAACGAGCAUCCAAGCGCCUUUUGUAGAUUCCAAUACCUCCCGAUCGAUCAUCGCAUCGCCUGGCUCCUUACACAAGAAAUAAUUGUCGUCAGG